CCUCCACACUGAGCUCAGAUGAAACUGCCCAUCCUGCAGUGACUGCUGGGAAGACGCGCAGCUGAGGGAGGUAGCAAACUGAAGAGUUUCUUCUUCAGGUAAACAUCACUGGGAAGGACUCUUCCUCCAGACGCAAUGGCUGAAAAUGAGAUCGUAGAAGACCAAGACAAGCUGAAGAGGGGUCUAGUGAAGGUUCUGGAAUGUGUGGCCACCAUCUCGUCUGCAGCAGCGGUGGUCAAUCCCAUCUUUGGCGUGGCUGGUUCUCUCAUCCGGGUGGUGCUGCACCACAUGGAUGAUGAAGACAUUCAGAAACUCAAACAAGAGUUUGGCAGCGUGACUCGAGCCCUGGAUGAAAUUUCACAGCAGAACCAGAAUGUAUUGCUUCAGAUCAGGAAGGAGACUGUGGAUGGCCUGUACUGUCGUGUAGAAGAAAACAUUCGUAAUCAGUUCUCCAAAUUCAUGGACACUGUGGAGGUAUCAGCAGCACACGAACAGCGCAAGAAAGAAUUUCAAAUGAGCUUUGUGCUCAAUCAGUGUGACCAGAACCUCCACACACUGUAUGGCGGCGUUAUGGGCGAAUCAAAGAUCUUCUGCCAGCCCAUCCUAGAGGUCUACAUGAAACAUUCACAAGGCGACCAGCGUGUCAUGGAAAACCUCUGCACUCGACUCACAUACCUGUUCUGCAUCGGCCUCAUUGCUCUGAUGAGUUACGCUGCCAUUGUCGGGGAUGAUGAGGAAGCUCUGCGCAUCAAGUGGGAAGAGAAAAUGAAAGAUGUGGCCAAAAAGAUGUCAGAGGUGUUAAACAGUUAUGAGUGAUUUUACCCCAUGUGACCUUUACCCCACUUUUCUCAGCCAACUUCACUUUUAUCUGUCUUUCUAUGUUCUUUAUCUAUUUUAUCUGUCAUUGCCCUAGUAACUGCUGUCCAUCUAGUUGUAUGUCUAUCCAUCUAGUUGUCUGUCUCACUCAGAAAACUGUAGCAGCUACCUUGCAACCACCCUGAACAACCUGUUAACCCAAUCCUACUGUAGUCCUGCAAAUACUUGCACUUUUGAAACAAGUUAUAUUGAACUGUCAUAUUCUGAUGUUAUUUUUUGACAGUGGUGUACUCGUCUUUCUGUACAGUGCACUCAAACUGAAUCUGCCCAAGCCAAAAUCAAAGUAAUCAUUUAUCUUUAAUGCAAAAUAAUGUUACAAAUCUUUAAUUCCAAUAUAGCCUUAAAAUACUUUUCUCAUAAAUCUAUAUCUCUCUAGAAUGCCAUUCAAUUGGUAUAUUUU